GUGAGAGAGUGUGAGAGAAAGCUUCAUCCUGCUCCAAUCAUGCCGGCCGGCCAUGGACUUCGAUCUCGUACCAGAGACCUCUUCGCCAGGCCUUUCAGGAAGAAGGGUUAUAUUGCUUUGACUACCUACUUGAGGACAUACAAAAUUGGCGAUUAUGUCGAUAUCAAGGUCAAGUGCUGCAUAUGGAUUAGGUUAAGCAAAUUAUGGAGAGUGAAUAAGAAGAUUUGAGUUCCUCAUCUCCAGCAAAAGCAUGUGACUGACGUUUGAUGAGUUCACGUCCAUGUCUACUAUUAGCAAGAUUGAGGUGGACUUUGAGUCUGGUCUAAAGACCAACUUAACAUUGAAUUGCAUCUAACACGAUACCAAGUAUUAAUAUUAAAUACUAAGUUAUAUUGGCUAGAUAAACUAAAUGAUGUUGUUUAUACGAAAUAAAUGGUUAUUUAAUUACUAUUUUGGCUUGUAGGUUUGAAGUUUAUGUUCUAUUUUAUUUUUAAGUUUUAAAACGUUAAAUUUUGUUCACAUCAAAAACCAUAUUUCCUGAAGUUAAAAUCAAGUUUAUGUGGAGUUUACGCUUUAAUACGUUACUCUAACUUCAAGAUCACCAGUAACUCCUACAUUUAUAGAUUUUUCAUAGAAUCAUGUGGUUUCAAACUUAGCUGAUCUAUGAACCUAACCCUUUGACCAAGAUAGAUGUUUGAGUUUGGUCGAUAUUGAAUUAGGCCUAAAUUUUGAUUUUUAAUUGAAUGUAAAUCAACCAUGAAAACAUGUUGAUCACUGGGUUGUGCAAUUUUUUGCUCAUUCAACACAUUUUUACUAUAAUUUACGAGUUUAAUUUUCAUUUGAUCCAUAUAUCUCUGGAUGUAAUUUGACCCGUAUUCUCUAAAUUUACACUUAUACUCUCCAUUUUUCACUAAUACUCCUUUUUUUGUUAUCAAUUAACAAAAAAGCAGCUAAAUACUCACCUUUAUGUCAAUUGUCAAAGAAUUUAAACGAAUUAUAGUUAAAAUAGUGUUUGCUAUUUUCCUAUUAUUAAAAUUAAAUAAAACUAAUUCACAUUGUUGUUGUUUUUAAUUUCUUAAAUGAAAGUUAAGGUCAGAUACAGUGUAAAAUAUCGAGACAAAGGGAUCAAAUAAAAACUAAUGUUACAAUUCAACAUUCCAAAUUUGAAGGAAAAGGUAUUUUUUUAAAAUACUCGUUUUUAUUUAAACUAUUUUAAUACAAAUUUUUAAAAAUAUAUAUAAAAAACUAUCUCGUGUGGUUGACAAGCCUUCUAAUCUUUUGUCCAAAACGAUUUAAUUUUUAAAUCAAAUACUUAAAAGUGUAUUCCAAAUAGACUCUUGUACUCUAAUUAAAACUAAGCUCUACACCAUAUUAAAAUGGACUAAACGAACAUAAAUUGUUUGACCAUUUUUAUUUUUACAUGGAAGAACUAAUAUGGUUACAAAUAUAGCAAUUAUAUUUAAAGUAAUAUUAAGUUUACAAGAAUGGUAUAUACUCCUAAUUACACUUUUUCUUUCACUAAAACUAUGGGCUUUCAUUUUGGUACUCUGAUCCACUUCUCACCACACAGCCCACUUUAAUUUGGCCGGCCCAUUAAAGGAAGCAAUACUCAAAAACCCUAGUGUUGUCACUAUAUAAAUCCCCAAUACCUAGGGUUUCUUCCAUUUUGUGAGAGAGUGUGAGAGAAAGCUUCAUCCUGCUCCAAUCAUGCCGGCCGGCCAUGGACUUCGAUCUCGUACCAGAGACCUCUUCGCCAGGCCUUUCAGGAAGAAGGGUUAUAUUGCUUUGACUACCUACUUGAGGACAUACAAAAUUGGCGAUUAUGUCGAUAUCAAGGUGAACGGCGCCGUCCACAAGGGUAUGCCUCAUAAAUUUUACCAUGGUCGCACAGGUCGCGUAUGGAAUGUUACAAAGCGCGCCAUCGGUGUCGAGAUCAACAAGCAGGUGGGGAACAGAAUUAUUAAGAAGAGAAUUCAUGUCCGAGUCGAGCACGUGCAGCCUUCUCGAUGCACCGAGGAAUUCCGUUUGAGGAAGGUGAAGAAUGACGAGCUGAAGGCCGAAGCCAAGGCCAAAGGUGUAGUCAUUUGCACCAAGAGGCAACCGGAAGGCCCCAAACCAGGGUUCAUGGUUGAAGGUGCUUUAAUGGAGACUGUGACUCCCAUUCCAUACGAUGUGGUUAAUGAUCUCAAGGGCGGCUAUUAGAAUUUUCUCCUCUUUGAACUUUUCCCUUGUUUCGUCAGUCUUAUUUUUGUUUGAUCUUUGAACUGCUUGAAUAGUACAAUUUUCUCAUUAUGCUUCUAAAUUUUGGAUACCAAACUUAUGGAAUUGAAUUGUUUCUUA